GCUCUUCUGCAGAGGCUCGGACAACAGUGACCAACUAUCCUGUCUUCUUCUUACUCACCAGUCAUGGCACCAGUCGAAGUUGGCAAUCCUCAGCCUGUCGAUCUAGCGCGGGCUCUCCUUGCAUCCAUGCAUCGUGAACAAGAUCUUGGACAGCUCAGUCAGAGCACACUAGAUAUUGAAGCGCUGUACUCGAUCGACCAGCUCGUAUUCGACGUCGUGAAGGUCGUCCGGGGACUCAUCAACUCACACUCCGCAGUGAACCGGCUUCCUCCCGAGCUGCUCCUGAAAAUCUUUUCGAACGUGCCUCGACGUGGACCCCUACUUCGCCCCGAUCACGAUGAAGACGAUGAAGACGAAACUUACGAUGCCAACGUCACCUUCGUGUCCGACAACAUGUGGAGAGUUCAGGAUCUGUUUCCCCUCACGGCCGUCUGUCAUAGGUGGCGCGAGCUGGCCCUAACCACACCACUGUUGUGGUCGACAUUCGUGGCGGACGAUAGUGCUGAACGUGGCAGGACCCGCCGGGCGCUGUCAUACAAAAACUAUGUCCACCGAUGUCCCCAUGGCCCUCUCUACGUCACCCUUCGUGAAAUUCGGGAUGGAAAUGCGGUGCUAAACAGGCUCGAAGAAAUGCGUGAGCGUGUGCAGGAGCUCCAUGUGGUGGGUCCCUUAGGAUACUGCUACCCCGAAUAUCACCGCUGCGCCGCCCUCGCGCUUCCACGCUUCCCCAAUCUCGAACGGUGCGCAUGGAUCAGCCAUCCUAUGGACACGAGUGCACCACACCCAUUUCAGUUUUGCGAUACACCGAAGCUCCGUACCUUAAAGCUAUUCUGUCCUCUCUUCAUUCCUCACAACAUAUAUCCAGCGCUAACGGAUCUCUCAAUCACCGGCCCGUCUCCCAAUGGUGAUGUUGGGCAACUCCUGAAGCUCCUCUCCUCCGCACCCCGAUUGCAAGCCCUGAAGGUCGAGACACUGCGCGGACCGCCCACAGGCUCUCCUAUGUUUCGUAUCGAUCUUCCACAGCUCCGCCUUUUCGAGGUUCGUCAUACCACCGACAGGAGGUACGCGGACGCCAUGGUUUUCAGGAACGCAUUGCUCUCUUCCUUGACAAUUCCCCCGUCUUGCAAAGUACAUCUCGGCUUUAUGCACCCAGCGCAUAUAGAACCCUCCAUGACGCAGUAUCCCCGCGUUCUCACCGCCACGCGGUUGAGCAUCACCGCACCGCAGCCUCAUCCCGGCUUUGAGGCGGCCACUCUCCUGUUCUCAAUCGAGAGCGGUCCCCUGAGAGUAUCCCUCCAGGCGACGCAUGGGGUAUAUAAUGAUGAUUUGGUCCCUGAUCUAGGCGCCUCCCUCUCCGCUCUGGCGUUCACCUCCAUCCGCAAGCUAUCGGUGGGAUGGGGCCUAUACCCGCUCUGUGGGCCGCGUCUCCCUUCGAACUCCCUCCUCCAUGCAUUCCCUCAUCUCGACUUGCUGCGGGUAGCCCCUGAGGCUUUCCACCACGAAGAGCAGCGGCCGUUGCAAUUCCUCUUGAACGUACUUGCCGUCCUUCGGCUCGACGCAGACGGCGAGCACACCGUCGCAGGACCGCCCGCAUGCCCAAAGCUAUCGCGGCUGUGGGUAGACUGGUCACACACUUCGGAGCUACCGCCCGUCGUAGACCCUCUCCGCGAGUUCGCAGCCCUACGCGCGGAGCAGGGAUAUCCGCUUUCUCGCGUCUUCGUCGCCGAUCGAGGGCAGGAUUACCGACCCGAUGCCGAGCCUCCGCUAGUUUUUCACUACACGGUGUACGAAUACGACGGCAGCCUCACCCGUGUCCUGAACGAGCCCGCGAAGAUCGAAUUCGUCGACGAAGGCCGCAUGAAGGCGCAGUGUGAAGCGAUAUUCGCACAGCUCUGGGAUGGGGUUGAGGCUGCAGAAGCGGGUACCGUGACGGGUGUGGUCCCUUGAUAUCGAGGGUGUGUCCUAUGGCUCUUGCGAAUAGAAUUCCCGCAUCCGUGCCGUACGUGGUUGGUACUUAGCAAAGCUCUCCUCCCGAACAACGGAUGUAAACAUACGAGCUACUUACGUUAUGGCUCAUCUCGCAGCUUUAUCUUCUGUGAUAGGCGUCAAGGGGUCUUACUACUCUCAAACCCGUACUCCGUAGUACUUACACAAAGCUCCCUCGUGCACUUAUUUCUCGCAGAGACGGUCAAUAGCAAAUCCUGC